AAGCGGAGGCGGCGGAGGCGGGGGCGGCCCAGCGCGCCCCUCCCGGGGCCCCCCCUCCCCGGGCCGCCGCGGCCGGGAUCGGGGCCCAUGGACGCCCCGUCCAUUAUCACCCAGGUGACCAAGGAGGACGAGAGCACCCAGACCUCCUGCAGCGGGCGUGACAAAGCCUCCCAGAGCAGCAUCAGCCUGAAGAAGCAGCGAAGCCGAAGCAUCUUCAGCUCCUUGUUCUGCUGCUUCCGCAACUACAAUGUCGACACCACAGCCAUCCACAGCACAAAUGUGCUGCCCCCGAUGGUGGAGGAGAACGGGGGGCUUCAGAAGGGCGACCAGCGGCAAGUCAUCCCCAUCCCGAGUGGACGGCGAGCGCGCCAAUUUCAGGAAUCAAAGCCCGGCCCAAAGCCCGAGGGGCCGUCUUCCUCGCUCCAGCCUCAGCCUCAGCCUGCAGAAAUGCCCAUCCCGCCCAGGCUCAGCCCUCUUAGCUCUGGGGGCGGCCCUCAAGAGGACGUUAAGGAGGGAGCGCUCACGACACAGCCGUCCGCCAAGUACCUCCUCCCAGAGCUGAAGCUGUCGGACUACGGCAAGAAGUGCAUGGUCAUCGACCUCGAUGAGACCUUGGUGCACAGCUCCUUCAAGCCCAUCAGUAACGCCGACUUUAUUGUUCCGGUUGAAAUCGAUGGAACCGUACACCAAGUCUACGUUUUGAAACGACCACACGUGGAUGAAUUUCUUCAGAGAAUGGGACAGCUUUUUGAGUGUGUGCUUUUCACGGCCAGCCUGGCGAAGGUUUGUCCUGAGGGCAGGGGGUGGGGCUGGAUUCUGGAGGAAGGGCUCUGCCCUUCUCCUGGGGGGCCUCUUAAUGCCUCCCCCUCCAUCUCCCUCCCUCCCUCCUCCUUCCACCCUUCCUCCUCCUUCCUCCCUCCCUCUGUGUCGGGCAGGGGUGUGUUCCGGCAGCAUGUGCCUUGGGGGUUUCCAUGGGGACCGGAUCCCUGCCCACCCAGUGCCGUGCUGCCGUGGCAGGGACUCCUGGUGGAGCUACGGGGGGCCACCCUGGGGGGCAAGCCGGGCAGUGGGGGGAGCGAGCCGGACAGUGGGGAGGGGUGCCGGGGGCUUCUGGCCCCUCAAAGUGCCCGUGUCCAGGUGCUGGGCCUGCUUCCGCACCAGCCGACCAUAGUGCCCGCUGAGUACUCCUGCUCCUGGGGGCCUCCCCGCCUCCGGCACAACUGCCGCAAGGGUGUUGGGGACCAGCUGGCUGGGCAGUGUCACAGACUCGAGACCCGUGGCGAGCCUGCUGGACCAGCGGGCUGUUCGGCCCGGCUCUUCCAGGUCCUUGUUUCCACGAAAACUCGGAGGACCGAGCCAGCUGGGCGGGAGCUGAGCAAAGUGAUCAUCAUCGACAACUCUCCAGCCUCUUACAUCUUCCACCCAGAGAGCAUCCAGCCCCCGGCAGAGAUGAGGCAGGUAAGCGAGCCGGGCCCCGGUGGCCUCCCCAGGCCCCGGGCGUUGGCUGACCGGCCAUUGCGGGCUCUGUUCCAGGUUCCCGUGCAGUCCUGGUUUGACGACAUGAACGACACCGAGCUGCUGGAUCUGAUCCCCUUCUUCGAAGGGCUGAGCCGAGAGGAGGACGUCUACGGCAUGCUGCAGAAGUUCGGCCCCAGGUAGCCCUGGUCUCGUCCCUCCUUCCACCCGGCCGUGGCUGCUGCUGAAGUCGCACGCGGGCUCCGACCAUCUCCGCCGUCUCCGCUUGGGAAUGGACGCUGGGAGGAGGCGGGCUCUGCCAGACCUGGAAGGAAGAUGAGCAGGGGCGGGCGGGCUGGCGGGCGGCCCUCGGGGCCCCGCCGAGCUUCCUGUCUGUCUCCUGCGGUGUAGUUGAUCAUGCCUCUUUUUAAAAAGGAAAAGAAAAUCACUAUUUUAAAAGGACCUCUUUUCAUGAAUUUCAUAAAUAGAAACACGUUUCCCUGGAUCGCUUUUUCUUAAAACAUACCAAAAAAAUGAAUGAAUCUUGAUGUGUUUCAGCAGUUGAACCCCUGCUCCUGACUGUCCUUCUUCCGAUUUGACAUCCAGACCUUCUCCCUCCUGUUCCUGCACAGAGCAGUUGAACGGACUCUGAGUUUCUUUCCUACUGAAUGAAGUGCCUUUGGAAUGUUAUUUUGAGAUAAAAGUUAAUUUUUGUAUACUGCGUA